AUGGCCGAUUACACCGAGCACUACCUGACGACGGGCGCGCUACCGCAGAGCAUGGUGCUUUCGACGCCAAGCGCCCAUGUGGCUCCGCAGCGGCGGGAACUCCUCGCACGCAAGGCCGCGCAGCUCGAGGCGCAUGCGACAGCGCCGCAGCGCGUCCACUUUGCGCCAGACAUGCAGUUGACGGAGCUUGGCAUGCAAUUCGAUGUCAUCGUCGUGGACCCGCCAUGGGCCGAGGUCGCCACGAGUGGCGAGGCAAUAUGGACAGCGCAGGACCUGGCGCGGCUCGACGUAAAUGGCAUUGGCGCAUAUCCCGGCGUGCUCUUCCUGUGGUGCGGAUCGGGUGGCACGUACGAUGGCGUCCACUCGCACUUUGACGAAGCGUGCGACUUGGUGGCCACUUGGUGGGCCAAAGUACAGGACGUCAAUGAGCGCUCGGGCCACGGCCUCGUGCGUCGAUCCAAAGAGUUGUGUCUCCUUGCGCUCCGCGAUCACGUCUGGCGCGACACGUCCGGGCACUUUGUGCACGCCAACGUCGACGCGGACGUCGUCAUCGCCCCAACGACGGCGGGGCGUGCGAAGCCUGCCGCGUUUUACGAGGUCGUCGAGCGCUUCUGCCUCGGGCGCCGUCGCCUUGACGUAUUUGGCUCCACAGCGCGGAACGGCUGGGUCACCCUCGAUCGCUUCGCGGACGCUUCCUGCGUCUUUGAUGCGCAAUCGUACGAAGCCGAGUUGGUCCGGACAGCGGCCAACCCCGAGACCCCUUUUGCGCUCGGCGUGGACAACGAUAUCGAGAUGCUCCGGCCCAAGGCGCCGCAGCGGCUCACCAAAGGCACCAAGACGGCGACGAAGAAGAAGUCGUAG